AGCUAGCGGCGGCCGUCUCCUUCGUCGACGUCAACAUACGGGCUCUCCAGUUAUGUCGAUCUCCGCCGCUGCCUUUUCCGCCCUGCGUGGCGCCGGCCGGCAGCAGCUCUCCGCUUCAAGCAUCGCCGCGAGGCAGGCGACCGGCUCCCACAUGUUCCGGAUCGACGGGCAACUCAGGAAGAUGGCGGCCAAUGGCGCCAAGGUGAGAUCAGGCACGUUCCGCGUCGGCGGCCACGAGUGGCGUCUCGUAUGCUACCCAAACGGCAACGGGAAGGAGUACGAGGGGUACAUGUCCCUCUUCCUCGAGCAUGCCAGCCACGCAAGCACCGGGGAUGCCACGGCCAAGGCCCAGCUGAGCAUACUCGACCAGGCCUGGAAGCCGAGCUACACUCGAGACAUAUCGAAGACCCGCUUUUUCUCGAGUAACCUCAGUUGGGGCACGCGGGGCUUCCUGAAACAUGAUGAUCUGGACGCGCUGACGAAGAAGCAUCUUAAUCUCAAGGACGACUGCCUGACCAUCCUGUGCGACGUCACCGUCACCGUCGCCGAGCUACAUACCGAAGAAGACCACGUCGAGGAUGCCCCACCGGUGGCGCCUCCGUUCGGAUUGCCGGGGCAACUCGCCGAAGCCGUGUGGAGCAAGAAGGGGGUGGACGUGCAGAUCGAGGUCGGCGGGGAGACGCUCCCCGCGCACCGGGGGAUACUCGAGGCCGGGUCACCCGUCUUCAAGGCGGACCUCUCGCUCGCCUCGCCCACCGCCGGCGCCACCGCCUUACUGCGCGUCGAGGACAUGGACGCGGAGGUUUUCAAGGCCCUGCUCCAGUUCAUCUACACGGACUCACCUCCCGUGAUCCUGUCGGCGUCCAUGGCGGAGAGGCUGCUCGUCGCGGCGGACAGGUACAAGCUGGAAGAGUUGAAGCUCGUCUGCGAGGACGCAUUGUGCUGGCACGUCGACAUGAGCUCCGUGGCUGUCAGUCUAGCGUUGGCGGAGAAGCAUGAUUGCUCCGCGCUGAGGGCGGCAUGCAUCCAGUUCCUCUCUUGUCCGGGGAACCUGGAAUCGUUCAUGGCGUCGGAUGGGUUUGAGAAGGUAAGGACGUGUUGUCCCUCUGCUCUCAUGGACCUUGUCCUCAAGAAGAUUACUACAGUAUAGGAGGAGCAACUAGUUAAGGGU